AAGUUAAAGUUUCCCUCUUACGUUCGUCUCUCUCAAGUUUCCCUCACUCUCGUCUCUCUCAUUCGCUUUCAUCAUUCUAUGAAAAAUCAUCAUCAAAACAGGUUGUGUGGCUGUGUUUCUGCAGUUUUUUCCACGGAUCCACCAUACCCGGGUUGUGUGUCGGUGUUGCUGCAGUUUUUCCCAUGAUUUCAGCUUUUAUAUUAGGUACGAUAUGUUCAAUUUUGAGCCUCUUAUCUCAUAACAAUCUGUUUAAUUUUUCGACAUUUCCUUGACGCGAUUUGUGCUUUGAUUUUUCUGUGCCAAGAUCAUCCAUUAUAUAGUGUGAAAUUAACUAUUCAUUUCUGAAUUAGGUUAGUAUUACAGCCGAUUGAAGAUAAAAAUAAGAAAAGUCAUUUUGUAAGAUUCAAAGAUUGGUUAUGUUGAUGUCUGGUACUCUGGUAUAAAUUCUUUAUAAGCUAUAGCUUAGACCUUGUGCAUGAUGUAAAUGGUAGUGCGACAUGAUAUCCAUGCUCAUUGUUAAAAAUAAGAUUUUCCUUUUUAUACAUUUGGGUUAAUACAUUUCACAACAAUAAAUUAACUCGGCUAGGUAGAUUAGAUUUGUGUUACCUUGGUCUAAUAAUAUCUAAGCCACAUAUUACAAAACAUUAAAGUGGAUGAGUAUAAGAAAAGAGCAAGUGUGCAUAUUCUUAAAUGAGAACAAGUCUCUAGUCUGAUCAUAUCGCACAUCUUAAAUCAGAAAAAAAAGUGUGCAUAUUUUUAUUUUUUAAUAUUUUUUUUGUCGUACCUUUGCCGUACCCGUAUCUUGGAUUUUUCAGUUUUGACGUUCCCCGUACCCGUAUCGUCCCCGUAACCCAGUCCUGUACCCGUUCCCGUGCUACAUAGUCGAUUCAUUUUCACUUUUGAUUCACCUUGACUAAUCAAAUUGACAUUAAACUUGACCAGUAUUAACCCUUCUACCUAGAAUAACUAACUUGAUUCUUGAACCUUUUUAUCCAUUGACUUGUGCAUUAACUGAGAGAAAGGCUUUUCCAAAUAUGCGAAGUUAUCAAGUAUUUUGUUUGUUCAUUUAUAUAACAUUCUUCAUUUUUUUUUUGCUGUAGCCUACAGAUAUGUCUAGACCAAUUUGGCAAUGUCAACUAUUUAUAAGUCUCAAUAAAAUGGCUUUAGAAGUUUCGAUAAAAUGGCUUUUGAAGUUUUGAUCUAAACAUAACUAUCCAGAUAAUUCCACUAUUAGUUAAAGUUUUGAUAAAAAUGGCUUUUUCCAAGUAUGUGAAAUCAUAGCUGUCUACAAUAUUUUUGCUGCAACUUGAAUGUAUGUUUAAAUUAAUGAUUUUAAUUUGCAAAGCAAAAUUGGCACUUAAAAAUAUAUUUCGUAUUUGGACGCUGGAUGCUAUAAAAGUAUAAAUGUUUGGGUGCUUAAAAACCCUGAAGUUGCUAUAUAAAUCAAAACUUUUUUUUAUUGAGUGGUGGCUCGUGUAACAUCAAGCUCGAGCCUGAGCUCACUUUGGCUUGGCUCGACUCAUUUACAGCCCUACUGCAGAUAACUGUUUUGGAUAAUAACUGAUUUAGUUAUGCCAUAUUAACUCAUUCUAUGUUGUCAAGACGCAAUGCGCAGGCGAGGCGCACAGGCCUUGGCCGGAGCCUAGGCGCAAGGAGCAAAAAAGACUAGGGCUUUUUCAAGAAAGGCGGAGGAAAAAAAUUAAAAAAUAUAUUAUGCUUUGAAAAUAGAUACAAAAACACAAAAAUUGUGCCACAAAAGUCUUUUUAUAUUGUGGCAAAAAGAAGUGCCACUAAAAGUCCAAAAACUUUGUGCGGCAUGUUGAAAAAGUGCCACUAAAAGGCUUUAGCGUUAGCGCUUCUAGUGACACUUGUUUUGUGUGCCGCCCAUUCCUACAAGGGCCUUUAGUGACACCUUUUUUGUGUUUUUGUGUCACUUUUUGUAUGUCAAUAGAUGGCAUUUAUUUGUAGUGGGUGUUCCAUGUUUUCAGCUCAUCCAUUGUGGAUGCAUUGUCUCACUUAUGACUAUUCGCUGGGUGAUUUUGGUGGGAUUACCUGUGUAAACCGUUCAAGAACUUAAUCUUCUUCUGGCACAUCUUCACUUUAAUGCUGAAACAAGGCCUCAAGAUUCGAUAUCACUGUGAUGUGGCAGAUCAGAGACUUGCUCAACAUAUUGACAAAGGAAACGAAGAUGGGUUGCUUAUCAGCAGUGUGGCUUCUUGCUCAAACCUAUGGGCUCUUAUAAUGGAUUCUGGCACUUUAUCACCUCUCAAGUUUACCAACUCCCUCAUUUCUCAACAAGGUUUUUCAUGCUUUAGGGAUUAGAUUAUGCAACAGCGGGAGAAAUCCUACUAUAUUAGCGUGAUAGCAUGUGCGAACAACGGGAGCUCUUUGGUUAAGGGUACCAAAUACAUUCAGCAGUGUUACAAAGUCAGUGAAUCACUUUCUUUUUAGUGGAUAAAUAAUAAAUGGAGAGAAAGGUUCCAUAUCACUGCUAUGGCAACUGCGAGAACCAGAUGGGCAAAUGUUAUGUCCCAUGGCGCUGGAUUCUCUGACCAGGUUGUGGAACUGGACUUGUUGUAUCCAAGUGAAGGUAUGCAUAAACGAUGGGAUGCCGAGUAUAGGAUAACAUUAACUGCAGCUACAUCAAACCAAGUUGCUUUUGUUCUAAGCAUCCGAGAAGAAAACUUGCAGAUGAUACACAUGACACACUUCGCACUUCUGUGUUUCCUAGCAAACAUGUCAAGGGCAAUGGUCGUGUAUGCUUCACGAAGUGGUGCCAACAUUAGGGUUAAACUCAUCUGGAAUAACGCUAGGUAUCCAUGUCAGCCAGAAGGUAUUGAAUGUGGGUCCUAUGUGAUGAAGUUCAUGAAGGAGAUAGCUUAUGGAGGAGUUGAAAUACUUGACAAUGAUAAUGUUGGGAAAGGAGUAGAAGAAUACUCGGCUGCGGAUAUGGAUGACAUUCGUGAAGAUUGGUCGACUUAUGCAGUUAACUCUAUUUUUAAGUUAUAAAUCGUAUUCUAGGUGUUGAUAAUGUAUUGACAAACAAUUCUUUUUUUGUUAAUGUUAAAAUAUUUGUAGUA